AUGCCCAAUAAACCAGAGGAUCCAGACUCCACUACCACGACAAAUAUAAUAGUCGAAAAAGAGAAGAAACGUGACAAGCGCAUCCUACUCUUAUGCAAGCAGAUAAAUGUGUUCAACCCAACUAAUCCAAAUACUCAACAAAGGGUUUUAGCCCUAUUCGACGUUGGAUCACAAUUAUCCUUUGUUUCAAAGAACUUAGCCAAACAACUAAUGCUUAACAAAACAGAUGAAGGGAAAUUAAACAUCGCUUCAUUCGGCAAAAAGGACCCGAACACGCACCUUACAACCAGAAUUGAAAUAGGGAUAAAAAUCGGAAAGGACCGUACAGUGUUGCUCGAAGCGAACACCGUGGACUAUUUAACAAACAAACUACAAGUAGUCAACUUAAGUGAAAGCGACAUACGAUCCCUCAAAGGAAGUCCAACAAUUGAUUUCCACAGUGAAUGGAAGCAACCGGAUAUAUUAAUAGGAGCCAACCACUUCUUUCAAUUCAUCAAUUUCGACAAAGCAGAGAAUCUGCAAUCGGGAUUCACAUUGCUCCACACUAAAGUGGGCCCGAUCCUGGCUGGGUCUGGCUAUACAAAGAAAAUUUCUCCCAAUUCACGAAUGUCCUCACAAAUAGUUUACGCCGCUAACACGAUCAACGUUCCAGAUUUAGAUCAGUUCUGGAAACUGGAACUAAUAGGCAUACAAGACAAACCCGAGAUCAAUGACGAUGAAGAAGCCUUAAAACAAUUUAAGCAAACGAUUAGAAAAUCCGAUGGACGAUACCAGGUCGCAUGGCUAUGGAAAGACACCAGUUCCAAAUUAAGCGACAAUUUCGAAUUAUGUCUCGGACGCUUACAGUCGUUAAUCAAGCGACUUCACCGCAACCAACAUCUACUUACCACAUACAAUGAAACAAUCAAUGAACAGUUAAGAUCCAAUGUCAUCGAAAGGGUAAGUCAUUUCACAAACCAUCAAGGUAUUAUCCAUUACUUGCCCCAUCAUGAAGUGGUAAAAUCAGAUAACACCACGACAAAGGUCAGAAUAGUUUAUGACGCUUCCGCUCACCUCAGAGGCAGGAAAAGCUUAAACGAUGUCUUGUAUCGAGGCCCUAUCACCCUUCCCGAUUUAGCUGGAAUAUUAAUUCGACUAAGAACAAUGAAAAUCAUCAUAAUAGCUGACGUCGAAAAAGCCUUCCUACAAUUAGAGUUGCUGCCAACGGAACGGGACUGCACACGCUUUCUAUGGGUAAAAGAUAUUCAGAAACAGGUGGACAGAGAUAAUUUAAUAUGCUAUCGAUUCUAA